AUGGCCCUCAGCACCGGCCUCACCGCCCCGCUCCGGCCCGCCCUGGCCGCUCUGCGCCGGGCAGCCCCCAGGCACUGCCGGGGCCUCAGCACCCCGCAGGCAUCGGAGCCCUCAUUCAAUCUCGGCGGCAUCUUCCCACCGCUCGCCACCCCUUUCUCGCCCACACAGGAGGUGGACUAUGGCCAGCUGGAGGGGAACCUGCGCCGCUACGCCCGCAUCCCCUUCCGAGGGCUGGUGGUGCUGGGCUCCAAUGGGGAGUAUCCCUACCUGGCGUCCCGAGAGAAGGUGGAGGUGGUGAGCUGCGUGCGCCGGGCUCUGCCCAGGGACCGCCUGCUGCUGGCUGGCUCGGGCUGUGAAUCCACCCAGGCCACCAUCGAGCUGACAGUCAGCAUGGCAGAGGCAGGGGCUGACGUGGCGCUGGUUGUGACACCCUGCUAUUAUCGGGGGGCCAUGACCACUGCUGCCCUCAUCCAUCACUACACAGAGGUUGGCGACGCAUCCCCCAUCCCUGUGGUGCUGUACAGUGUUCCUGCCAACACCGGCCUGGACCUGCCCAUGGAGGCUGUCACCACCCUGGCUCAGCACCCCAACAUCAUUGGGAUCAAGGACAGCGGUGGGGACAUCACCCGCAUGGGGCUGAUGGUCCACAAGACAAGGCAGGAGGAUUUCCAGGUGCUGGCAGGAUCAGCUGGCUUCCUGCUGGCGAGCUACGCUGUGGGUGCCUCCGGGGGUGUGUGUGCCCUCGCCAAUGUUCUGGGUGACCCACUGUGCCAGCUGGACCACCUGUGCCGCACGGGGCAGUGGCAGGAGGCCCGGGACCUGCAGCACCGCCUCAUUGAGCCCAACACAGCGGUCACCCGCCGGUUUGGCAUCCCGGGGCUGAAGAAGGCCAUGGAGUGGUUUGGCUACUAUGGAGGUCCCUGCCGUGCACCCCUGGCCCCUCUGAGCCCUGCCCAGGUUGAAGAGCUGAGGAGCACCUUCAGUGCCAAUGGCUGGCUGUGAGCUGUUCUCCAUCUGCCCCUUCCCACACUGGGCAGCUACAGGAGUCAGGGACCCUGGGAACUGGGGACAUUCUGGGGACACUGGGGGAUGGCCAGGAGAGGGCUGCCAUAUUACUCUUCCCUGUUGGACAGGGCUGGACUGGGCA